AUGCGUUCAAGGAAAAACAAAAAAUCUAAGAAAGGAUUUCAGCAAGAGUCUAAUAAACCUACUUCAGAAGUUCCAGUAUUCCAAUACGAAACUAACUGGGGCAAAGAAAAUAUAUAUGGCGAAGCAGAUUCAGGAUCAGAAUCUGAUGAAGAGCAUUACAUUGAAGAAGCAGAAAUUCAAGAGAAAAAGCAUCUUUCUACACUUAAAAACGAAGAUUACAAGGCAUUUCAGCCACCUUCUUUGAGUGAAAUAGAUCACGCAAUGGAGGCACCAAAAGAAGACUCAGCAAUUUUAGAGCAAAAACUUAACGAAAAGCAAAAGGAAGAGUUAUCAUUAAAGAUUAAGCAGAUUAUUUCCUUACUUGUUCAGACAACAGAAGAAAUAAAAUCAGAUGACUUAGAACCAUAUCAAAAACAACUACUUAAUAGCAUAUUAACGAAUGGCAGUUUCUAUUUAUACUUAGUUUCUAAAGGAUAUAUGUCCACAACACACCCAAGUUUAGAUUAUAUAGAAGAAGUACAGCAAUUAUUACAUGAAGGCGGAGUUGAAGAAGAGGAAAUGGAAGAGGAAGCAGAAGAGGUUGCAGAAGAGGAAGAAGAACCUGCAAAAGAAGAAGUUCCAGAAAAACAUAUCCCAGAUCACUUACAGAAGGUCGAAAAGGGCGAAUUCCGUCCUGUCUCUACAGCCAUCCUCAAGAACAAGGUUAUUAUUCCAAACAAUUCGAAGAGGAGGACAAAUCCAAGAAAUGCUCACAGCCACAAGUAUGCUGUCGCCAUGCAGGAGUAUUCUACAACACACAAGAAGAAGAACGCUCCACGCGAUGGUCUUUACAAAGGCGAGCGCGCAGGUAUUGCGAAAAAUGUUGUCAGAUCAACAAAGCUUCAAGCUGCACAUUAG